AUGGAGCAUAUGGAGAGUCUUCGGGCAUAUUUCAUCCUCCACGAAACCCCAGAUGAGAUCUCAUGCCGGGCGUUUCCAUUAACCUUGGCUGGAGUAGCCAAAGAAUGGUUUGCAAGACUCCCUAUCGAAUCUGUGGAUAACUUCAAAUCCUUGGGGUGCCUUUUUCUAAGCCAAUUCUUAGCCACCCAAAAGAGGAAGAAGAAUCCAACUUACCUGCUUUCUCUUAUUCAGGGGAAGGAUGAGUCUUUGAAGGACUUCAUAGUCAAGUUCAACAAGGAGAAGUUGACAGUAGAGAGCCCGAGUGAACAAACAAUACUUGAUGCUCUAAUGCAUGGGGUAAGAGCCGAGGGUCCACUGAUGGCCGAACUAGCAAAGAAGUCUACAUUGGUGACUCUUCGUUAG